GCCAGCCGGCUGUGGCCCCUUUAUCAUCACUCACUGCGGAAGUUUUCAGGCCAAUAGUCCUGUCCUUUGCUCAGGACAAUUUAGGUUUUCUGCUAAGAGCCAAAUGUGAAGACCGGCCUAAGGAAUCUGGAGCCAAGGAAGCUGGCCAGAGCUCUGCCCGAGGGCCAGCGCCUGGCUGAGGGAGAGGAUAAAAAGGUUCAAACUUCUCCAUGAAGUGUGCCAUGCCCUGCCAUUCAUUCCCAAAGCUACCAGAAGCGUUGCUCCUAGGACAAGUGGAGUUGGUGGUGAGAAGCCAGAAGUGAGAAGACACGUAGGAGGACAGACUACUCCAUUUUCGGAAUUUCCUAUGUGGGAGAGUCCUAGAGCCCGACAAGACUUUGAGACGCCCCGAAGAUGAGCGCCAACAGCAGCACGCUGGGCCAGCGUCUCUGGCAGGGGCCGGUGUGCGCUGGCUGGAAGCAGGAUAUGGAAGGGGCCCUCUACCACCUGGCUAACUGUGUCUUGCUCCUGGGCUUCAUGGGGGGCAGUGGGGUAUACGGAUGCUUCUAUCUCUUUGGCUUCCUGGGCACCGGCUACGUGUGCUACGUGCUGUGGGGCUGGUUCAAUGCCUGCGGCCUGGACAUUGUCAUCUGGAACUUCCUGCUGGCAGUGGCCUGCCUGCUCCAGCUGGCACACCUGGUCUACCGCCUGCGCAAGGACACCCUCCCUGAGGAGUUCGAUCUCCUCUACAAGACGCUGUGUGUGCCCCUGCAGGUGCCCAUGCAGGCGUACAAGGAGAUCGUUCGCUGCUGCGAGGAGCAGGUCUUGACUCUGGCCACCGAGCAGACCUAUGCUGUGGAGGGGGAGACGCCCAUCAACCGCCUGUCCCUGCUGCUCUCUGGCCGGGUUCGUGUGAGCCAGGACGGGCAGUUUCUGCACUACAUCUUUCCUUACCAGUUCAUGGACUCUCCUGAAUGGGAAUCACUGCCACCCUCUGAGGAGGGCGUGUUCCAGGUUACUCUGACUGCUGAGACCCCAUGCAGCUACAUUUCCUGGCCCCGGAAAAGUCUUCACCUUCUUCUGGCCAAAGAGCGAUACAUCUCCCGCCUCUUCUCAGUCCUGCUGGGCUAUGACAUCUCAGAAAAGCUCUACGCUCUCAAUGAGAAGCUCUUUGCUAAGUUUGGGCUGUGCUUCGACAUCCGUCUCCCCAGCCUCUAUCACGUCCUGGGUUCUGCUGCUUCAGAUGCAGGGCCAGAGUCUGAGAAGGAGGAGGAGGAAGUCCACGAGCCAGCCCCAGCCCCUCCUCAGGCCAUGCCCACACCUGUCCAGCACAUGCCCUCUUGCUCUCCCCCUCCAGCUGCCACCCACCCUCCAGCACGGCCUUCCCGGGCCAGGAUGUCCCGGCCCGACAGCGACGGCCUGGCUUCUAGAAUUCCUCCCCAUAGCUACGCUCAAGUUAUGUCCACGGGACAGGCCCCCUUGGCUCCAGUCCACACUCCUGAACUGUAAGGAUCCUUGGGCCAUGCUCUUCUCUGGCCAGGUUCGUGGUCACAGGGCUGUGUGCACACCCUUCCCGCCCCCACCGGAGGGCUCACAGGCACGGCCGGAGCACACGGAGGUGCCAGCCCUGCAGCUACACCAGGGCCCUGAUGCCGACUUCACCUUCACCAGCUCCUCUGCCAGCAGAAGGCAUCUUCGAGGGCAAAAGGCACAGGGUCCACCCGUCACUAACUGCAGAAUCUUGGCCGAGUCACAGAGCCUCUCGGGGGCUCAUCUGCAAAGUGGGGACUACAAACCCACCUCACAGGGUUGUUGUGAGGAUUCCGAGUUGACUCAGGCAAAGCACCUGGGACGAGGCAUGGCACCGAGUAAGCACUCAAUAAAUCACUCAGUUCCUUUUCCUGUGUUGUUUCUUUUAACUUUCUGAAAAGAUCAGUGAAAAGUCAGCUCUCCAACAAGUCCUCACUGUGGUUUUUUGUUUGUUUGUAUUUAAUUAAAAUUCAAU